GUCACUACAAGCAAUGUCGAAGUCGACAGUGAACCAAAGUAUCUAGCAGCCAGAAGCUCAUGACCAUCUGAACUAACACCGGAACCACAGAUCCAGCAGACCACACUCUGCCCAGAAGAGCACCUCACAUGCGCAGGCAUGCGCCCGACUAUGCCCUCAGUCUGCGGUCGGGGUGAUGCACAGAGCAGGAGCCUGGGAGAUCUGAGCAGUGGAGCCUGUCCAGAAUUACAGAGAACAAACUGAAUAUUUUAAACUACAAUUUAGACAGUACUGAGGGGGCCCUGUGCAUCUCGGAGAGUCUGAAGGAAGAGGGGAGUCUCGCCUGGUAAUCAGCAGGAGGACGGCAGGGCCGCUCUCUGACAAAAUCAGCUAUUAUGGCAGACGUUUAACCACUCCACAAACUCAGUUGCUGGCCCCUGUGGGAACAUUAUUACUAUUUCCGGAGGGCAGUUAUUGGCUACAGAAGUAAUGUAAGUAUAUUGUGCAAAGAAUUUUGUGCAAAUGAUGUGAAGGUCUCCCACCAGCUAUGAGAUGAUUUUGAUUACAUACUACAUCAAACAGGUUUCUGUAAAGAGCAACAUUCGCCAUUCCGGUUACACACAUACAUUCAGGUAUGGCGUAACAUCACGAUCUGACCAUGUGACGAAAACGGUAGUUUUACAGUGGCUGUUGUCCAAAGCCUUUGAUUCUUAUCGAGUUCGUAUGGUUUAAACAGAGACUUUUAUACCAAUAUUGUCUUAGUCACAAUAAAUGCAUAUAAAUAUAUGCGUACAGUGCUGUGUACACGAACUUUGCACAAGUGACCGGUGCGCAAAGAUACGGAGGACAGUACCUGUCCCUGUCGCAGUAACAGAUCGUAGUAAAUGCACUGGUUUGGCUGAUAACCAAAACUCAUGAUUUCCCUCUGGAUCCCACGUGACAGGCUGCCUAAAUAAACUGCCUUGCUGGCGGAGGGUCAUUAACUCACCGCAGACUCUACAGAUGCGCGUUUAUUUAUUUAUUUAAUUUAUUUAUUUAUUUACCGUCGUUCGGAACGAAAUGUUUCAGCCCCGAGCAAGACAGUGUAGGAGCAGAGACCUGCGCUCAAUAUACAUGUAUUUGCUAAUGAAGCGACCUGAUUUGCCGCACUUCAGAGUCGAAGGGGAUGCCGGCGGGCAGGACAGUAGAAACUGACAAGUAGUCUAGCUCAACUCAAGUUAUUUUUCAUUUUAAUUCCUUAUUUUCUGCUUUGCUGCGAUGACUGCGCUUGACUUCUCCGAGGUGGAGGCGUUUUUGGACCGCCACCCGGAGCUCUUCGAGGAGUAUUUAAUCAGGAAGGGAAAAUGCGAGAUGGUGAGCAGGUGGUUGAAGGAGCAUCACCCGUCCAAAGUGUCGCUGGUCGAGGACAAGCGCAGAUCGGCCAGGGAGCCGCUGUGGCAGACGAGCACGGAUGGACUCCAGCGGCGCUGCUCUCACAUGGAGCUGAGACGGAACUUCGCCCGGUCCAAAGCCAUGACCGCGCACCGGACUUACGACGAGCACGUGAGCGCUCAUGAGUCGCAGUCCAGCGUGCGGCGCCGCGCGCUGCUCCGCAAAGCCAGUUCGCUCCCGCCGACCACAGCCCACAUCCUGAGCGCCCUGCUCGAGUCCCGGGUCAGUAUACCUCAGUACGCCUCCAGCGCCAUAGACUACAAAUACAGACUUAAAGAGAACAACGAGAGGGAGUUUUUCCUGGAACUAGUAAAAGAUAUCUCCAAUGACUUGGAUAUGACGAGCCUUUGUUAUAAGAUCCUGAUAAAUGUGUGCAUAUUAGUGGAAGCCGACAGGUGCUCGCUCUUCCUCGUGGAGGGACCCCCGCACAAGAAGACACUGGUGUCCAAGUUCUUUGACGUACACGCCGGAGCCACGGUCCGGCCCUCUUCCAGCACCUUAAACUCCAGCGAGGUGCAGGUCCCCUGGGGCAAAGGCAUCAUCGGCUACGUGGCCGAACACGGGGAGACAGUCAAUAUCCCCAACGCCUAUGAGGACCAUCGUUUCAGUGACGAGAUUGACAAGCUGACGGGUUAUAAGACUCGGUCCAUCCUGUGCAUGACAAUCUGCAACAGCGAUGGAGACGUCAUCGGAGUGGUGCAGGCCAUCAACAAGAGCCCAGAGGGCACUGCCUUCACGGACGACGACGAGAAGGUGCUGCAGAUGUAUUUGCCCUUCUGUGGAAUCUCAAUCUCCAAUGCCAAGCUGUUCUCCGAGUCCCGCAAGGAGUAUGAGAGGAGCCGGGCCCUUCUCGAGGUGGUCAAUGAUCUGUUUGAGGAGCAGACCGACCUGGAAAAGAUCGUGAGGAAGAUCAUGCAGCGUGCGCUGACUCUCCUGCAGUGUGAGCGCUGCUCAGUGCUUUUAUUGGAGGACAUCCAAUCACCUGUGGUGAAGUUCUCCCAAACGUUCGAGCUGAUGUCUCCACUCUGCAGUUCUGACCAUGAAAUCAGUAUGGAGAAGCUCUCCAGCUCUGACUGGCUGAUCAAUAACAGCAUCGCUGAGCUGGUGGCAUCCACUGGGCUGCCCGUCAACAUCAGUGACGUGUGUCAGGACCCCCGCUUUGACGCUGAGGCAGACCAGGCCUCAGGGUUCCACAUUCGGUCGGUUCUCUGUGUCCCCAUUUGGAACCGCACCCACCAGAUCAUCGGGGUCGCUCAGAUCCUCAAUCGUCUCGACAGGAAGACCUUCAAUGAUGCUGACCAGAGGCUUUUCGAGGCUUUUGUGAUUUUCUGUGGCCUGGGAAUCAACAACACCAUGAUGUACAACCAGGUGAAGAAGACAUGGGCCAAGCAGUCUGUUGCUCUUGACAUGCUGUCCUACCAUGCCACGUGUUCAAAGGUAGAGGUGGACCGGCUAAAGGCAGCAAAGAUCCCCUUGAGCAGCGAGCUGGGUAUAGAUGAGUUCCACUUCAAUGACUUUUCUCUGGACAAUGACGGCAUGAUCACUGCUUCUCUACGGAUGUUUCUGGAGCUGGGAGUCGGUCAAAAGUUUAAAAUUGACUAUGAGGUCCUCUGCCGCUGGCUGCUUACCGUGAGGAAGAAUUACCGCACGGUCGCCUACCAUAACUGGCGGCAUGCUUUUAACGUCUCCCAGUGCAUGUUCAUCAUGAUCACGACAGCUGGGUUCCAGGACGUCUUGUCAGACACCGAAAUACUUGCGCUGAUGGUUGGUUGCUUGUGCCAUGACUUGGACCACAGAGGCACCAACAAUGCCUUCCAGGCCAAGUCUGGCUCAGCUUUGGCGCAGCUCUAUGGUACGUCUGCUACCCUGGAGCAUCACCACUUCAAUCACGCCGUCAUGAUCCUUCAAAGCGAGGGUCACAACAUUUUUGCCAGCCUCAGCUCCAAUGAAUACAGCAACAUGAUGCAACUUCUGAAGCAGGCCAUUUUGGCAACGGACCUGACUUUGUAUUUCCAGAGAAGGAACAAGUUCUUUGACUGUGUCCAAUCUGGGCAAUUCAGCUUGACCAAUGAGGAACACAGAGAGAUGUUCAGGUCGAUGCUGAUGACAGCAUGUGACCUGGGAGCUGUCACACGACCUUGGGAGAUCUCCAGACAGGUUGCGGAGCUGGUCACCAGUGAAUUCUUUGAACAAGGAGACAGGGAGAGGUCUGAGCUGAAGCUGACACCAUCUGCGAUCUUUGACCGCAAUCGGAAAGAUGAGCUACCCGCCCUGCAGAUGGAAUGGAUUGAUGGGAUCUGCAAGCCUCUUUACGAGGCUUUGGCGAGUCUGAACAGGAAGCUGCAGCCAAUGGUGGAUGGGAUCAAUGCAAAUCGAAUGAAGUGGGAGGAGCUGUGCUCCACCAAUCAACAGGCACAAAGAUCUCCUGAGUCCAGCUAACCUAUUGGGGAACGAGCAGACUUGGAAUGGAGGCGUGAUAGGAAGGCAGGGACUAUAAUUAUGAAUUGUAGGGCCUUACAGGGCCAUCUGGAGAUCUCAUUUGCUCCUCAUUUGUACUCUGCAGAUGCUGACUGGACUGAGAAACUGGAUUUUAAAUUGGUUUUAUGCCUCUUUACAGGGGUUACUCAUCUGUGUGGUUUCAACAUCACCCUUGUAUCUAGACAGUGAUUAUGUAUAGUAUUGUAAUUGUACCCACAUACUUGGACAAUGGGAGCAUGUUAGAUUUGAACUGCGUCCACCUAUGUGAUUUUGACUUGCUAGCUACCUGGACUUGAACUGCACCUGAAUUUGAAACUGUGGUAUGUUUAUAAUAUAAAUGUUCGCACAGGAGAUUUUAACUGUGUCAAAUGCAUGUCUAUAUGAUUGGCAUGAGUGUUUUGAUUGCUCAUGGGAGUUUUACUUGGACAAAAAAUGUUCUGAGGGCAGAAGGAACAAUGCUUGGUUCAGAGAGAUAACCAAUCAAAUUGUACAGGAAGUGGGACAAACUAAUCAGGUGUUCUAGUCCCGCCUCCUUUAUUUGCUUGGACCCACCUGCUCUACAAUUUGAUUGGUUAUCUCUUUGAAUCAAUCAAUGUUCUUUCUGCCCUCAGAACAUUUUUGUCUAAGUAUAAAUCCCAUGAGCGUUUUGAUUGCCACAUUUCUGCGCUGAUGAACAGCAGUGUGAAUCUAUUAUUUAGAGAUGCUGAUCCAAACCUAUUAGACGGAUCGGGUGUCAGCCGUACGUGGCCGAUCCACGUCCGAUACUUAUUUAGUUUUUAGCAGUCACUAAAAAGAAUCUAUUUCGUAUUAAACCUAUUUCUAGAAUCAAUCACACGACAGCUCUUUAACAUUUUUUAUGUGUUUUUGCGGCAUUCAAGCUAAACUCUAACGCUGCCACCCUGUUUGCUACUUAGUGGGUGUAAGCGCAGUGACUUCCGCCUACUGUGACGUCAUUCGCAUAUCAUUUGCAGCAGAAGCGUGAAAACAGCAGACGAGACCGUGACGGUGUGGGAAGUAAUUUACGUUUUUAACAACUACUGGUUUGCAAUCUUUGUAAAAACGAAGUUUUGAGAGAUGGGAGUAGCGUUUAGUGGAAAAUCCCACUAAGCAAAGCGAACGCAUUCGCCAUGCAAUUGCGUGUCCUCGCUUGGAUGAUAUUAAUUCCAACUGAACGAGGAGGAACAGUAUGUUAUGUAUGUUUCUAGUAGACUAAAGAUUUUUUGGCAUACAU